UGCUAUGGAGACCAGACCGCCUUCACCAUGUCGCAGGCUUCUCCAACCCGGGUGUUCGUAGAACUGGUCCCCUGGGCUGGCAAGGAACGGGAGAAUACGCUGGUUCCAGGCGGGGAGGCGCUGCCCGGGCCCCGCCGCCUCCUGCAGGCCGCGGCUCGGGCGCAGCCGGGCGCAGCCCACGAGCUGCACGUCAGCGGCGCCGCCGAGGUGUCCUUAAGCCCCGACCAGGCGCAGGUGGCGGUGCGCGUGCGCAGCACCAAGGAGGCGGCGGCCGAGGCCAAGCGGAGCGUGUGCCGGCGCCUGGACUACAUCACGCAGAGCCUCCGCCAGCAGGGCCUGCAGGCAGAAAAUAUAACUGUGACUAAAGAUUUCAGAAGAGUGGAAAAUGCAUAUCACAUGGAAGCAGAAGUGUGCAUUAAAUUUACUGAAUUUGGAAAAAUGCAAAAUAUUUGCAACUUUCUUGUUGAAAAGCUAGAUAGCUCUGUUAUCAUCAGUGAACCCCACUUCUAUCACACUCCAGGUUCUGUUGAGAAUCUUAGACGGCAAGCCUGUCUUGUUGCUGUUGAGAAUGCAUGGCGCAAAGCUCAAGAAGUCUGUAAUCUUGUUGGCCAAACCCUAGGAAAACCUUUAUUAAUCAAAGAAGAAGAAGUGAAAGAAUGGGAAGGCCAAAUAUAUGAUCACCCAACAUCCAGACUUGCAAGUUCAUUAACUGUACAACAAAAAAUCAAAAGUGCAACUAUACAUGCUGCAUCAAAAGUAUUUAUAACUUUUGAAAUAAAAGGAAAAGAAAAGAAAAAAAAGCACCUCUGAAAUUUUAAGCAUAAUAUGUUUGUAUCCUUUUUCUAUUUUAUACUUCUUAUAAUGCUUCCUUUUGUCCUCAAUAUAUAACAUGUAUAUUUGUGUGUACAUACUAUAUGGACAUAUAAAGUGUCCUUUCCUAAAAGUCCAUCAGUCUUUGAAUAUCAUCUUACAGAAUACUAACAUUUUAAUGGUUGUUUAAAAAACUUUACUUGGGGAAAUAUUUUUGGAAAUAAAUGUGUCAUAUUUG